ACUGCCAGUCAGUCAUCGAGCGGCGGUCUUUGGAGAUGCUUUAGCGAAGUUCAGCAAAAUAUAUUUCACUGUUUAAGUGGAUGCGCGCUUUUUAUUAAUUCGUGAAUAAAAACAAAAGUCCAAUAGGAAUUCAGUGAUCGGACGAGUGUCAGUGCAGUGUAUGAAUUUCUUAACCAAAUUGUUUCCGUAAUCCGCGAUCGUUUUACUUUUGUGGUGUGUUUAUGUUGGAAGCGCGCCGCUCGUCCCGUCCGGCGCGCCAGAGGGACGUCGCCCUCGACUAGUCCUAAUAGAGAUGAAGCGGCGAGUGCGUUCGGCGGGCGUGACGGCGCGCGCGGGCGUUGGCCGGUGAGAUGGACCACGCCGUGAAGGCGAUGUCAGGGCGCGGGUGGUGGGAGCGGCUGGUGGCGCGGCGCCGCUUCGAGUCGGCCGAGCUGGAGGAGCUGUAUGCGCGUUACGCGUGCAAGCUGCAGCGCGCCUCCGUCGGUUCCGCGCUCGCGCUCUGGGCACUGCUAGCCGCCUCCCUCGCCGCUGCCGACGCCACUCGCGGCUGGACUAAUGCACCACAGGUAGGAGUGCUGAGCGUGCACGCGGUGUUGUGCGCGGGGUUGGCGUGGUGGUGCGGGCGGUCCGGCGGCGUGGCACCAGAGCGGCGGCUCCCACGCGCCUGCUGGCUGGCGCUGGCCGGCGGGGGCGCCGCGCUGGCCGCCACACUUCCGUGCUGGGGGCCCGGCUCGGCCGCGGAGGGCGCCACGCAUGUCGUGUGGGCGGUGUUCGCAGCCUACGCCCUCCUGCCCGUCGGAGCACCAGUAGCCGCCACCUUCGGCAUCUUACUCCCCACUACGCACACCAUUGCCGCCGCCCUAGUUGCCCACCGAUUCCCAUAUCACGUCUUGGAACAGAUGGUAGCGAACGUGGUAGUGUUCGUAUGCGUGAACGUGGUGGGCGCGCUGAUGCACUCCCUGAUGGAGACGGCACAGCGGCGCGCCUUCCUCGACACCCGCAACUGCAUCGCCGCACGCCUAGACAUGGAGGACGAAAACGAAAAAUUGGAACGUCUACUGCUAUCAGUCCUGCCUCAACACGUGGCAAUGGAGAUGAAGAAUGAUAUCAUAUCGCCCGUGGAGGGACAGUUCCACAAGAUCUACAUACAGAAGCACGAGCAAGUCAGCAUUUUAUUCGCGGACAUCGUAGGCUUCACGGUACUCGCAUCGCAGUGCAGUGCCCAGGAGUUAGUGCGCCUUCUCAACGAACUGUUCGGACGGUUCGACCAACUCGCCAAUGACAACCACUGUCUCCGCAUUAAGAUCCUCGGCGACUGUUACUACUGCGUGUCCGGGCUGCCGGAACCGCGAGCAGACCACGCGCGCUGCACCGUCGAGAUGGGCCUCGACAUGAUUGAUGCCAUCGCUUCUGUAGUGGAGGCCACGGAUGUGCAGCUGAACAUGCGCGUGGGUAUCCACACGGGCCGUGUUCUGUGCGGCGUGCUCGGCCUGCGCAAGUGGCAGUAUGACGUCUGGUCCAACGAUGUUACGCUCGCCAACAACAUGGAAGCCGGCGGAGAACCAGGGCGAGUGCAUGUGACGCAGGCGACGCUGGAGUGCCUCGGCGGCGCGUACGAGGUGGAGCCCGGCCAUGGCGGCACUCGCAAUGCCUACCUGCGCGACCAUUCCGUGCAGACAUACUUCAUUAUACCGCCGCCCAGACGACGAAAAAUGUGCCUAUCCGCGGGUGUGGGUCUGGGUUCAGGGUCGCGUCGCAAGCUCUCCUUCAAGAACGUGUCCAACGUGGUGGUGCAGUUGCUGCACUCCAUCAAGUUCAAUGUGGACGUUCCCUUCUCCAACAUGGCCGCCUCGCCGCAGGAACUGAAGGCCAACGCGGCCAGGAAGGUGCUGGACCUGCGGCGCGCGCUGCACGCGGAGCCGGGGUCCGCGGAGGCGCUGCGGCUGGCGGCGCUGCGCGGCGACGACGUGAGCGCACCAGCCGCGCCCGCUGUCCCCGCACCCGCCGCACCCGCCACACCCGCCGCCACACCCGCCGCCGCCCCGCACCACCACACCUUCGACGCCGUCAUGCAGCACCACGCCCUGCGCACACAUCCCACGAAUAAAGUGACAGAGAAGUUCAAGCGCCCGUUGAAAAAGCGCCACUCGUCUGUGUACCAUCAGCCGACCAACCGCGUCAACAAGUACCUCGCCCAGGCGAUAGACGCGCGCUCCGUGCACCGCGAGAAGGCCACGCACGUGCACCUCCUCACUCUCUGCUUCAAGGACCCAGAGAAAGAGGCACAGUACCGGGCGUCAACCGACGGUGGAUGGGCGGGGUCUUUAGGGGCGGCGCUGUGUGCGCUGGCUGCGGGCGGAGUGCUGCAGGCGGCCAUACUGCCGCGCACCACCAUCCUGCUGCUGCUCUUCGUCACCGCCUUCGCCUGGUCCGCCGCCGUGCUGGCCCUCACCCUGGCGGCGCGGCUGAGGCUCAUACCCUGCGAUGUGUCUCGACCUUUCGCUCUCAGGAAUGCUAUUACGACCUUCACGAUUGUUCUGGGUUAUGCUGUUGGACAAGUUAAUGUGGUGACAUGCCGUGAGAUCGACGUGUGCCGGAACUUAACCGAGAAUGUGACAACAAUGUCUGAGAUCCGUGAACUCCGCGGCGGGCUGGCGGCCGCGCUGUGGUCAGCUGGAGACCACCGCGCCUGUCCCGUACCGCUGUACAUCGCGCUGGGCUGCUGCCUCGCUGUCCUCACUGUUGCCGUCUUCCUCCGUCUGCCCAUUCUCAUCAAAGGAAUACUGCUGGCUGUCAUCACCGCCGGCUACGUCGCCGUCAUACUUGCCUACCAUAAGGAUCUCUUCGAUUGCUACGAUAUGAUGACGGAUGUGGGAGUGGUGGGGUCGGCGUGGUCGAUGUGCCUGUGGUCCUUACUGCUGGCUGUGGGAGUGUUGCUGCACGCGCGACAGACAGAGUGGACGGCGCGACUCGACUUCCUCUGGCAGGCGCAGGCGCGCGACGAGAAGAGGGACAUGGACGCGCUACAGGCAUCAAACAAGAGGAUAUUGUUCAACUUGCUGCCUGCGCACGUGGCGACACAUUUCUUAGACAACCAGUUCAGAACUAACAUGGACCUCUACCACCAGUCGUACCAGCGCGUGGGCGUCGUCUUCGCCUCCAUCACCAACUACCACGAGUUCUACAUGGAGCUGGACGGCAACAACCAGGGCAUGGAGUGUCUCCGGCUGCUCAAUGAAAUCAUCGCCGAUUUUGAUGAGCUCUUAGGUGAAGACCGUUUCAGUCCAAUAGAUAAAAUCAAAACAGUUGGAUCAACGUACAUGGCAGCCGUCGGCCUCAUUCCUGACAAGAAGAUGACGGACGAUCCCAGCACCAGGAAACAUAUGGCGACCCUUGUGGAAUUUGUGUUUGCGAUGCGAGACAAGUUGAAAGAUAUAAACGACAACUCUUACAAUAACUUCAUGCUGCGUGUUGGAAUAAACGUCGGACCCGUCGUCGCUGGAGUUAUAGGUGCCCGAAAACCACAGUAUGACAUCUGGGGCAAUACCGUCAAUGUAGCUUCACGAAUGGAUUCCACCGGCCUCCCGAACCACACGCAGGUCACCGAAGAAGUCUACCAAGUGUUAAAGGACAUGCCAUAUCAGUUCGUCUGUCGAGGUAAAGUGAAAGUGAAAGGCAAGGGUGAAAUGACGACUUACUUUUUAACGGACCGAACGCUAGACAACGGCAGCGGUCAGAACAAUUCCAACGGCCAACCUCAGAACCCGCCGUCGGCGUACGGCGGCGUCGCCACACCGCUCGCCAUGCUGCAGAACUCCGCGAGGCGCGCCGCCGCACAGCCCUCCAGGCUGCCGCCGCUGCGGGAGACCACGGGCUCGGGAGAAAACGAGCCCCUCCUGCCUCCCAAUGGACAACAAAAUGGAAAUAAUCAUAAAGGGACGAAGGGACGUCGAAACAAAGAUCAAGACGACAACCCACCCCCGCCUCCGCCCCACGGGAUCUCCGCCAACCCCAGGUGGCCGCCGCCGCGAGCCCUGGUGCCGCCGUGGCCGCGGCCGCAGGAGCCGAGGCCCCCGGUGGUACACAAAAGAAGACCGCCCACGAGACUGCCGAGGCCGCGGUCGAGCGAGAGCUUGCCCCUAGCGCGGAGCCCUCGAGUCCACUCGUCCGCCGACGAGCUCAGCUCUCUGACUCGCUCGCCCAGCCUCAGCUCCUCCGACGAGAGCUACUCGCGCACCACGGACGCCUCGCCCUCGCCGCCGCGCCCCGCCGCCUGGCUGCCGCCCGCCCGCCCCCAGCGCAACGACAUCACCUCCGCCUACGACUACCCCGUCGUCCGCACGAACAAACCGACCGCUAAUGUUAUUAACGAAAUAUACGCGAAACAUAAAAUCUCCAACAAACCGGUUAUGGAAGACAAGAUUCUCGACGACAUCGGCUAUCAAAAGGAGGAGGAAAAGUUGCAUCGCAGUAUACUAAACAUGCUCCAAACUUCUGCAAAACGAGAUAGCUGCAGUCAGACCGACAAGAAGGACGUGUCCAGUCGCCUGGCGCCGAGGACCAACUCGUUCUCCAGCUCCGGCAGUCGGCCGACCAACUUGAAGCAUCUGAACCACGACGGCAGGGAGGUGUUCAGCAAACGCAGCCCUGCCGACGUCGCCUGCGUGCCGCCCUUCGAGAGAGAAAUACAGAGGCUGCUCGACGAUAAAAAUAUUAUUAUGAACAAUCCUCCUAAAAAUGAAAGAAAGGAUCUGAACCUCGAACUUAGGAGUCAGAACUCGUCGCUGGAGGUGGGGCGCAGCGCCAACAACAACAGCAGUCCGCUGCACGCGGUGGGGCUAGCGGCCAUCGCGCAGCUGGCGCGCCGCGAGCCCAGCCCCGCGCCCACGCACCCACCCCCACCCGCGCCGUCGCAUGCCCACGCCCACGCCCACGCCGACUUCCCCGGCGUCCUGCCCACUGACGUCGUCGUGUGCCUGCCCUCGCGCGACAACACGCCUGGCGGCACCUUCGAUAGAAAAAUCGAUAGCAGUACCAAAGAAAAACAGGAAAACGAGGCACAGGAGCGACUACAUAACCGGGUGACGACUUCGAAUCACAGAGAGUUGAAUCUGUACGGGGAGAGUCAGUCGGAGUGGAGCUCCUCGUGCUCCGAGGGCGACGGGGAGGGCGAGGGGGAGGGCGGGCAGCCGGAGAGUACGGGCUACACCACCGACGACCCCGCGCUCGAGAACGUCUCCAUGCUGAACGAGGCGGGCCUCACGGAUGCAGAGGCGGCUCUCAGUGACGUCAACUCGUGCUACUUCGACCGCGACGAUGACGUAUCCUCCCGCGCCUCCUCCCGCCUCCUCGACUCCGAGGCGCUGGUCUCCCUCGAGAGCCUCAGCGCGAUAUACGACUCGGAUGAGCCCGCGCACAGAUAUUUGGCGAACAUACGAACCGUCAGCGAAUCUAUAACGAGGAACUUCGGCCAACCUGCACACGUUACUGACGGCGAGAGUGACGUUUAGUGAACACUUGUGGCGGUGGCAUGCUUGUUGCUUUCAAUACUUUUGGACAAACUUGUACUUUAUCAUGCGUAUGCUUCGUAAAGUGUUGUGAUAUAUCGUAGACGAUAUAAAGGAUCCAAAGAUAAAGCGUUUUGUUGGCUCUCUAAAAGAAAAUACUCAAAAUUUGUUGUUAGAAAUCGAUUUGUUUGAAUUUCAUCGAGUUGCAUGUCGAUGCCAAAGAUUUAAAUACAUAUA